ACCAAGUUUCCUGAAGCUGAUAAGAACAGAAACAACAAAUGAUCUCUUAUCAUCUCUGCCUUCCAAGAGUGCCUACCAUUUCAAAGGUCAUAAGAGGAAACACAGACUGAGAGAAAUCAGAGACACGGCGCUACGAUGGGCCUCCUUCCAGAUUUCUCUGUGGAGACUUGGGUGUUUCUAACUGCAUUUAUAAGUCUACUGAUACUAUAUGGGAUCUGGCCUUAUGGUGUCUUCAAGAAGCUCGGUAUCCCCGGACCAAGACCCAUCCCUUUCUUGGGAACGAUACUAUUCUGUCGCCAUGGGAUAAUGAAGUUUGAUGAAGACUGUCAUAGAAAAUAUGGAAAAGUCUGGGGGUUUUAUGAUGGUCGAAUGCCUGUGUUGGCUGUCACGGAUCCAGCCAUCAUUAAAGUAGUGUUGGUGAAGGAGUGCUAUUCCGUCUUCACCAACAGGCGGGAUUUUGGUCCAACGGGUAAACUGGUAGAUGCUGUUUCAAUAGCAAAAGAUGAGCAAUGGAAGAGGAUUCGGACCGUGCUCUCGCCAACCUUCACCAGUGGAAAGCUGAAAGAUAUGUUUCCCAUCAUUUUGAACCAUGCAAAAAUCCUAAUGAAAAAUAUUCAAGGAAAAGUGGAGAGAGAAGAACCACUGGACAUUAAAGACCUGUUUGGAGCUUACAGCAUGGAUGUCGUUACUGGCACCUCAUUCGGCGUGACCACAGACUCCAUGAACAAUCCCAAAGACCCCUUUGUCAAGGAGGCGCAGAAGCUCGUGAGAUUUGAUUUGUUUUCCUCGCUCUUCCUUUUGAUGUUUGUAUUCCCAUUCGUACAACCUCUUUUGAAGAUGAUGAACAUUAGCUUCUUCCCUACUGAUGCCGUGGAGUUCUUUGCAAGAUCUAUUGCCAAAAUCAAGGCGAAUCGAGACAAAGGGAAAGAAGUGGGCAGAGUGGAUUUUUUGCAAUUGAUGAUAGAGUCCCAAAAAUCAAACAACACAAACAAAAGCAACGGGAUGGAUCACGUUGAUAAAGCCUUGACAGAGAAUGAGAUUCUGGCGCAAGCGGUUAUAUUUAUAUUCGCGGGAUACGAGGCUACCAGCAACAUCCUUGGCUAUCUGGCUUAUGAACUGGCUGUCCACCCUGAUACCCAGCAAAAACUGCAGGAGGAGAUUGACUCAGUUCUGCCCAAUAAGGCUCCAGUCACCUAUGAUUCAGUCAUGCAAAUGGAAUACCUCGACAUGGCAGUGAACGAAACCCUCCGGAUGUAUCCAGUAGGUGGGCGGCUCGAAAGGGUCUGCAAGAAAGACGUGGAGAUAAACGGCCUCACCAUUCCAAAGGGAGUUGUGGUGAUGGUUGCAUCACAUGUCAUGCAUUUUGACCCGGAAUAUUGGCCUGAACCCAAAGAAUUUAGACCAGAAAGGUUCAGUCCAGAGAUGAAAGACAAAAUAAACCCGUACGUCUUCAUGCCUUUUGGAGCCGGUCCCAGAAAUUGCAUCGGAAUGAGGUUUGCCCUCCUUAUAAUAAAGGUCUCUAUUGCCAGCCUGAUGCAGCAUUUCACCUUCAAGCCCUGCAAAGAAACACAGAUCCCUUUGAAGCUGUCGACAAAAGGUUUGCCAAGACCAAGCAAACCUAUCAUUUUGAAAUUCGUUCCCAGAGCCACCGCUUCACAGUAGCAGAGUUUCUAUCUAACACCUUUUUAAGGAACAUGUAAUACAAUUUGGUCAUUUUUUAUUCUGGACUUGAGACCCCCCCCCUUAUACUAUAGGUUUUUGGGGAGGGGGGGACUCCACAGCUGAAUCCAUGUGCUGGGCCAUGGACUUCCACCUCAAAGUCUGGCCUUAACAGCACCAUCGAAGGAUUAUCUCAGCUACUGCAUCAAAACUGCUGCUUGCCGGAUGGAAGCGUCAGAUCUCCAGUUCCAGAUCACUUAUGGAUAAACUAGAGACAAAGCCCAUUGUGGAGAAAAAAUACAAUGUGGUCUAGAAAGAGGAGGGCAGGCGGGCAGGCAUUCACUCCUCCUCCAUCACUGAUUCCAGCUGGUGAAGGAAGGGGAAUGGGCAUUGUCAUCUGCUCCAUGCCUGAUACAUGCCGAGUAAAGGUGGGGGGUGGGGUGGGCAUUGGCUCAUGUUCUGUGCCUGACUAUGGCUGGGCGAGGGGGGGCACCGCAAAGAGAUCUUGCAGCAUUGUGGUCUUAUUGUUUAUGGACCUGGCAUUAAACAACAUCAGUGUCGAAGUAAGGUUCUUUUUCCUAGCUCCAUCACCAACGUUUCUCAGGAUGGGACGCAGGUUAGAAGGGCACUGAGCCAUUCCAUAUCUCCGUGCCCUUCUCCACUGAGACCAGCUCCCACCUUCAUACCUCCCACAUCCUCAGAGGACUGGGAUCCCUGACCCCAUACCGGUCCUCCUCCCUAUGUCCACCAUCAUCCAACUUACUCUCCAUUCCUCACAACAACAACAGGCGAGCACAAGAUUAAUUCAAGCAACUGAGGCAGUUCAAGAUGUUCUUAAAGUACCUCAGACACAGAGAAGGGUGGGGCUGAGAGGCUGGCUUCUCUCUCACAGGCAGGCAGGUGGUUGCUCUUCUCCUUCCCUACCUCUCCUUCCCUCCCUCCAUCUCCCUCCCUCCUUUCUUUUUCUUCUGAGAACCAGGAUGGCAGUAAUUGUUGCACACAGAAAGGGGUGGCCUCUAUCCAGAAACAUGAGAAGAGUUUAAGAGUAUUUACAGUAGAGCUUUUUUGUUCACAACAUUCAAACAUGAGAACAAAUUGAGUGCAAAAAGAUUUCCCAUGUCUCCAAGAAAAUUACACAAAACAACUGCAGAAGCUACGUCAUGCAGAAUGCUGCACCAAAAUGUUGAUUGGAGUGAUUUUUUCCUCAUCUUUUCUGGCUCCAAAGCAUUAUGUGGCUUGGUGCCAGCAUACCUUAAGAUUCACUUCUCCCACAUGAAGGUAACUGUCUGUAUCAGUCCUUUUUGGAAGCCCUGCUUGUAUGCCCCCACCGUUUCAGCCUAGGAUGUGGCAACCCAAAAGAGCUUCAAGUGUUAUGAGGAAUAGGAAUACCUAACUUUUUAAUGAUUCAUAUGUCUUCAGGUUUUUAUUGUUGGUUGUGACUCUUUCUUUAUAAUAGAAUCAUCUGAUUAUGCAUAACAUAACCAGGCAUAACACCAAGUCACAAGACAUAACCAUGCACAAAACCAAGUCACAUUUCUGGAGAGUGGAAUGGAUCCUGAAAAAAACCUGAGGUCUAUACCUGGUUAAAAGCUCUCUGCCACACAAUCAUAUCAUCAUGAAUAGUGAAUUGUUUCCCUUUGGGGGCAGAGGAA